UGUCGAAGAACAGUGCAUUCCACCAUUGGCAGUUAAUAGACAGGAUAGUGCAGCAGAUUGCACUACAGCAGAAGAAUGCCAUCAACCCAGAUGUCGCACCACUUGACAUUGAUGUCAAUCAAAUUAUCAAACAACUGGCACAGGAGAAUGAGAUCAAGGCAAUUCAGCAGAAGAUGAGGGAUGUGCAGAGAGAAAAUGAUGAACUGGCCUCCAAACUUCAGAAAAAAGAGAGAGAGUGUGACAUCAAGACACAGGAGAAGGAAGAUGUGAUAACAACACUGAACAAAAUGAAGAAUAGAUUGGAGAGGGAGGCCUCAGCUCAUGGAGACGCCAAACAACAGAUUGCAGAACUUACAAGUACAUAUGAAGAACUCAAGGGACUGCUUGAACAAGAAAGGCAAGAGAGAGAAAAACUUCAGCAAUAUAUGAAAAGUGGCAGUCUGCCAGAUGAUGCUAAGAUGGGGUUCAACACGGCAGCAUCUGCCCUGGCCACAGCUUCCAACACAAAAUCUGUGGCCCCUCCUCCUCCUCCACCCCCUCCACCAAUGUCAGGGGGGCCUGUUCCUCCUCCACCUCCACCCCCACCCCCCUCCACCAGGACCAGGAGGCCCCCCGCCUCCACCACCACCUCCAGGUGCUCCACCACUUACACCAGGGAAGGCAGUCAGGAAGAAAGACAUUCCAAAAUCAUCCAAUCCUCUCAAAUCUUUUAAUUGGUCCAAACUUCCAGAGGUGAAACUUGCUGGUACAGUUUGGAAUGAUAUUGAUGAUACCAAAUUAUACAAGAUGCUGGACCUGGACGAAUUUGACAAAACAUUCUCAGC